AUGAUCUGGAUGCUCCUCCUCCUCUGCAUCGCGGUCGACGCUGACGCACCUUUCCAGAUCAAAUGUGGCGAGCUCGAAGGCAGUACCUUUCUACAAGUUGCAACCGCACCAUUACGGCAUUUCCUCUCUCGCCAGAUGCAUGGAAUGGGUGACGGAUCCUGCCCUACCAAGCUCUCUGAGAACACGUUCAAAACACUUGAGAUUGCGACAUGGCCGCAAUACAUGCGCCUGAAUCGCUCUGCCACUGAGCCACGAAGACUUCGCAUCUCUGGCUUCGCCUACGCCCUGGACAAUUGUCGCUCAUCCUGGUCAUACCGUCGCGAGACGCUUCGUAACUUUCUUUCGUUGAGUGGCGGUGAUCGGCUUCUGCCACCCUCAUCGCCGGCCGCUAUGUCAGGGGAGUACGUCUCACAUUCUGUCGCCGGAGCAGGAAUUUCUCUCAUCGCAAAAGACACGGCAUUCCACAGCUGGACCACGACAAAUCUCUACGGCCAUUUCGAUGCGUUCAUCGACUUGCCUCCUAGGCUCCAGCUGGACUACAAUGCUUCUCAGCUUCGUGUGGAUGGCUGUGAUCCGCCUCUCAACCUAGAGUCGGCUAUCCCAUCGACCAAAAAAUCCUUCAAGAUCCUUCCUCUCACCCAAACCGGUAUCACAGUCAUCUCUGACAUCGACGACGUCCUCAAGAAAUCAGAGGGCUGGAACCUAAAGCGCCUCUGCCUCUACACCUACGUACACCCCUUCCAGCCAUGGCUCAACAUGCCCGAAGUCUUCAAAAGAUGGAGAGACAGCAAUCUCAAGGAUCUCCACUUCCACUAUUCGACCGACGCACCCGAAAUGUCGCAUUCAGCGUAUACCGCACUCCUCGACCACUAUCCUCUCGGCUCUUUCGACUUCCGUCCCUGGAGUUUAGUCAACGUCAGCAUAUCCCGAAUCGCAAGCAUCGAGCGACUAAUCACGACUUUCCCUCAUCGCGAGUACAUUCUUAUGGGCGACGAUUCCACUCCUGGUCAACUCUCCGCAUACGUGGACGUCGCGAAGCGCUAUCCAACCCAAGUCAAUUGCUUGGUCCUCCGCAGAUCCUCAAAAUUGCUUGACAAUGUUAUCGAUCCGAACAUGAAGCAGUUGGAAGGCGUGAGGCAUUUGCUUUUCACUUCGCCGAACCAAUUACUCAACAUCACGCCGGAUGUGAUUGCGAGGGAAUGUGGUGGUCUGGCUGAUACUACCAAUAACAUUACUACCGCUGAUGAUGAUGGUCUACACGUUGUGAACGGAACGACGAUGAGCGGUGGAAUUAGGUCGUGGAUCAAUACUUUUACGAACUUUCGGAGGGCUUUUUCGGCAUGUUAUUUUUUGGGGUUGAGGAGGCCUUCUCAUUUGUGUCCGUUUGAUUUGAGGUACGGGACGGCCUUUGUGGAGGGUGGGAGGAUGAAGGAGGAGGGGGAUGCGAGGGCGAUAGCCUUUCUGACCUGGUUUGGGGUUCUGACGCCUUACAGACUGAGCUCCAUCGAGCUGAGAAUGAUGUUCAAGGUUCUGCAAGGAACUCGUCCUCAGGCAAUUGGGGUGUCAGGUGAGUUUUGA